AUGUAUAUUUGUGAAUUUAAUAAAGACGAUAUUCAAAAUAUAGUUAUUCAACAUUUACGUUUAAAUGGCAUUAAACAUCGACAAAAAAAAUAUACUUAUAAACAUGAUAAAUCAGUGAAUAAAACGGUAAAAAGAAUCUUUAAAGUUCCUUUACAUUUAUUACCCACGGAAAAUAUCACAAAUCAUGGAUUUGAUGUUAAAAUUCCAUGUUUUGUUUUUGAGGCAUGUAAAUUAAUUUCAAUGAAUAUACAAACGGAAGGAUUGUUUCGGAAAGCUGGUUCAAAUGUACGACAAAAGGAAAUUAAGUCUCAAUUGGAUAAUAAAGGAAAAUUAAAUAAAGAUCAUCAUGUAAUCGAUAUCGCUAAUGUAUUAAAAUUAUUCUUUCGUGAAUUACCGGAACCAUUAAUUCCGUACAUGUUCCACGAUACAUUUUUACAUUGUUUACGUGUCGAAAAACAAUUAAUCGUGUCCACGAUACUUUUAACAUGUUUACUAUUACCGAUCGAAAAUUUAUAUACACUAGCAUACGUAAUGGAGUUCCUAAAUAAUGUGGCCGCGAAUGCCGAACACAAUAAAAUGGAUAUUAGUAACUUAUCGAUAAUUCUAACACCAAGUAUAAUGCCAUUGGAAGCGCACAUGAAAAUGAGUGCACAAUCGAAUCAACGAUUAACGUAUCAUGUACGUGUUGUACAAAUUUUAAUCGAACAUGCAGCGAAUAUUGGAGUGGUACCAUUGGAGAUUGUUGAGAAAAUUCCAAUAUCGAGAUCAAAUUCACAAGAAAUUUUGGAUACCGAUGGUGGAGAUGGUGAUAAAAAGAAAAAGAAGAAGCGUCGAAGUGGAUCUUUAACACGAAUGUUUAAUGGAUUAAAGAAAAUUGUUUCGGGUCGAAUAGCUUCUGAGAAUGGUAACGGAAUUAUGAUGGAACAAAAUGAAUGUACCCCUUCACCGGAUCUACUAAUGACAACGCCGUGUUUGAAAAAAGUCACAUCUUCAUCCUCCAAUAAACGUAGAGCAAACGAUGUGGAUAUUUAUGGCUUGUCUAGUAAAAAAAGGAGAAAUACGUUUGGCAAAUGGUUUGCUACUUCAACACCAAUUUCUAAAACAGUAGUUGCACCUCCGAAUCAAGAAACAUCGUCCAAACAAUCACUAUUAAGUGGACAUAAAAUAAAGCGAUCAAGUUUUGAUGAUAUCGUCACCCCAUCCGAUAAAAGUGCCUUGAAACGUUUAGAGCGUCGUUGGAGCGUUGUCAGUAGCGCAUCUGUUUGGGGUAAAAAGAAGAAACAAACACAUGCAUCCAUUAUCAACAAUGAUCCACCCCUCUUCACUGGAUCCAUUGAAAAUGAAAUAAAUCAUGUGGACGACGAUGUAUUUUUAGCAAAUAACAAUAGUUUAAUUCAUCGGGAAGAAGUGAAUAAUGAUAUCGAAUUUGUACGAAUACCAAAACAGGAGUACGAAGAAAUUAAAAGUCGUGUAUCAGCUAUAGAAAAUCGUAUAUCUCAAGAGUUUAAUAACAUACCACCGACAUCAUCUUCAACAGUUACAAAUGACCUGGUGAAAGACGUUCAAACCGAAUAUGAGAAAACAUUAGAAGAGUCAAGUACGUUAAAUAAUGCGUCAACAGAUCAAUUAGCGAAACGUUUAAGUCGUGAAUUAAAAAUACGUCGAAAUAGUGACCAACAAAAGGUUAUAAGAUCUCCAAGUGCACGAAAAAUUGGUACAAUUCGACGUCGAUCCAAAGAAUUUGAUCGAAAGAAUUCACGUAUCGAACGUAAUCAUUCAUGGCAUUUAUCAGGAAAUCCAGAAAUAUCAUCAAUUCCAAAAUCUGCAUUACGACGUGGACGUCCAAAUACCAUAUUCUCAGGUCUACCACAACCGAAUACAUCAAAAUUAGUCAAUGAAGUUUAUCUUCCCGUUACAACGUCUUUAGGUACUCCAAAAACUGAGGAAUCUUCGGAAAAAAUUGACAGUUCGUGGAAAGGUGGAGAACGUUUCUUUUCCGUCGAUUACCAAACACCUAGAUCCAAUGAAAAUACAAUUGGACCAAGAUCUUCACUUGCCAAGUUACGUAGUCAAAAUGCUGGAAUGGUUUUAGCAAAAGCAAAAUUAUUUGAUGGUUUAUUAGAUUCUAGUAAAGAUUCAUCCUGUGAAUCAUUAUCGAUUGUUAAUCGUCGACAAUCGGGUCGUUUGAUGCGACAAAAUAAAACUCGAACAAGUCCGAAUACAUCAACGAAACGUAAUAAUAAAAAUCGUAAACAUAAUAAAGAAAAUGAUUAUGAAAAUUUACCCAAAAAAUCAACAGAUUCAACGUUCCAGACGCCUCCACCGAAUACUCAAAUCGUAUUUGCAACACCAAAGAUUACACCACAGAUCAAGAAAACAUUGGUGAAUGUAAAAUCACCAAAAUAUUUACGACAAACUGCAAGCGGUUUAAGUUUAUCGGCAAAGAAAACUCCAUUCAAUACGAAAACUCCAUUGAAAGCAAUCCAUGGAUUGCAGCAAGUGAAUGGAAAUACGCCAAGACGUUGUUCACCACGACUCUUGUUGAAAACGAAACAGUUAUCGAGCGCUUGUUGAUCGUCGAUUUCCAUGUUGAUUAUGUUUUUCUGUCACGACUGUGACAGUCUCUAUAAUAAAAUGAGCUAUUUUGUAUAUUAUGUAAUAUAAAGCUCAAUAUAUUAUUGUACUAAAUUAAAUUUAAACAACCAGAAAAAUGUAAAACUAUCGAAAAAUCGAGGUGGAAAUUAUACAAUUCGUAAAAUAUAAAAAGACUGCAAAUAUGGCGUAUUUUUAACGAAACGAAAGUGUUUCUUUAUUUGUUACGAAGUGUAGAUCGAACGAUUUUAACAGAAAUAAUGAUGAAGAUUCUUGAGCUUAAAAUAUAUCCCCUUCAGGACCCACAAUAAAAAUAUUUAGGGGGACUAUAGAACUUUUCAUCUAGAUCUCAUUUAUUGGAGAAUUCAACUUUAAUAUUUAUACUAAUUACAGAUCAAAAAAUUUCGAAUAUUUCGAAUCCUUCAUUCAAAACUAUCUCCUAUUUCCAGUGUUCAAAAAGACAGACCAUUCAAUUAUUUCUAUUCGUUCGUUCUAUAACGUGAAAAAUGAUUUUGUAGAACUUAUGACUUUCUAGUCAAUAUCAUAUUCGAUCAUUGGUGCCUUUUUCUUUGAUAACAUUUCAUUUUUUUUUUUCUAAACUGGCCAUAUUUUUAUAUUUAUUAUCUCGAAUUAAUCCAUCAUGUUGCUCAAUUUC